CAAAACAAAUAGUUCGGACCAAACCCUGACGACAUUUGAUAUCCAUCAACAGAAUGUCCAAUUGUCCAUCAUGUCUUGAAUUGGGGACUGGAUGAUGUAGGAAAACACGACCUCACUCCCCGUAUUGUUUUACUGUUGGCCAUAGCUAUACCUUAGUGAAAGAACCCUGCCAGUAUUCGAUGUAUGUCGGAUACAACGAGACUGAAGCAUGAGGUUCCUCGACAUCAGGUUCUCAUUGCUGGUGCCAUAUCCGGUCUUUUGUCGAGAUUUGUCGUCGCCCCCCUAGAUGUCAUCAAGAUCCGACUUCAAUUGCAGAGCCAUUCGCUAUCCGACCCUUUGUCCCACCGGGGCGUGAUAGGUCCGACGUAUAAGGGCGCUUUUGGAACCCUGAAACACAUCCUAAGAGAUGAGGGUGUUUCGGCUCUGUGGAAGGGCAAUGUCCCUGCGGAGUUCCUUUACCUGAUGUAUGGCGCGGUCCAGUUCCUCGCCUAUCGUCAGGCAUCGGCUUUAGUAUCCGGGCUCGAUCUGCCUUCAUCCGCGACAUCUUUCGUUUCAGGCGCGUCCGCUGGAAUCUGUGCAACCACCGCGACUUACCCUCUCGACCUUCUUCGGACUCGAUUCGCUGCCCAAGGACAAGAUCGGAUUUACCCUUCCAUCCUUCGCUCCGUCCAUCAAAUAUAUACGUCGGAAGGCGUAGGGGGAUUUUAUCGGGGAAUCGGGGCUGGGAUCAGCCAAGUGGUGCCUUAUAUGGGCCUCUUCUUCGCAAUAUAUGGUUCCACGCAGCCAUAUCUUGUGUCUUCCUCCCUUCCGUUGAGUAGCAUUGGGUCACCCGAUGCAGUUGCCGGUGUGAUUGCAUCCGUUUGCUCGAAAACUGUGGUUUUCCCGCUUGACACUGUCCGUAAAAGGCUACAGGUUCAGGGGCCGGAGCGUAUGAGAUACGUGCACAGGAACAUCCCAUUAUAUGAAGGCGGCGUCGCGAAAACGUUGCAGAAUAUCCUCAAAGUUGAAGGCGUACGAGGCUUAUAUCGAGGGUUAACUGUAGGACUCCUCAAGGCGGCACCCGCGAGUGCAGUGACGAUGUGGACGUAUGAGCGUGUCCUGGCUGAGUUCGAGCGGUGUGCGACGCUCUGACACAAAUUCCUGGAAAUAUGGCGAGGUGGAACGGUGGAGGCUCACAGCAUGGGCACGGCCGCGAAAUCAAAAUACUUAUGAUCAUGUCGUGAUAU